CACUUAUCCACUGCAGCAAUAAGAUAGCCGAGGUCCAAGAUCACUGAUGACAAAUCGAGCCGUUUGCAAGCACCUGGGCUGUAUUACAUUCAAGAAGAUAUAAUAUACCUGCCGUGUAACAUUAUUUUGACUUUGUAUCGAAGAAAAUAGAUCCGCGGUGCAGCAGAGGGGUGUGUGCUCGAAGCCCGAGAGAAGAGGCAUGUCGGCCUGUGAAUAAUACUGCUUCUUUCACACUGUACCUGUAUCUGAAACACCCGAGACGCAUCCGCGAAGAUUUGGAUUCGGAUUCAUCGUCGACGUCUGUUGUUUCUACCCAGGGGCGCACAUCGUCUCCAUCGGCCAGGACUCGGUCUAGGGCCCCCGGGUUAGCUGUUACCCCGCGGAGCAUGCUAAAGAAUGAGCCAAAGGGAUACACUGGUUCAUUUGUUUGCCGGAGGAUGCGGGGGUACAGUGGGCGCCAUCUUGACCUGUCCUCUGGAGGUGGUGAAGACGCGGCUCCAGUCCUCCCAUGUCACCUUCUACAUCUCCGAUGUGCAGCUCAGCACUGUCAACGGAGCCAGCGUGGCCCGCAUGUCGCCGCCCGGGCCCAUACACUGUCUCAAGUUGAUCCUGGAGAGAGAAGGACCUCGCUCACUAUUCCGAGGUCUCGGACCUAACCUUGUGGGUGUGGCACCGUCCAGGGCCAUUUACUUUGCCGCCUACUCCACCGCCAAGGAGAAGUUGAAUGGAGUGAUGGAGCCUGACUCCACCCCGGUGCACAUGGUGUCCGCAGGACUGGCAGGGUUCACCGCCAUUACUGCCACCAAUCCGAUCUGGCUGAUCAAGACACGCCUGCAGCUGGAUGCCAGAAACCGGGGCGAGCGCCGCAUGAACGCAUUCGAGUGCGUGCGGCGGGUGUACCGGGCGGACGGCCUGCACGGCUUCUACCGCGGCAUGUCGGCCUCCUACGCCGGCAUCUCGGAGACGGUCAUCCACUUCGUCAUCUACGAGAGCAUCAAGCAGCGCCUGCAGCAGUCCAAGGCCCAGGCCAACAUGGACGACGAGGAGGAGACGGUCAAGGACGCCUCCGACUUUGUAGGCAUGAUGCUGGCCGCCGCCACCUCCAAGACCUGCGCCACCUCGUUAGCCUACCCACACGAGGUGAUCCGGACGCGGCUACGAGAGGAGGGCACCAGGUACCGCUCCUUCUUCCAGACCCUGAUCCAGGUGCCGCGAGAGGAGGGCUACCGCGCGCUGUACCGCGGCCUCACCACACACCUCGUCAGGCAGAUCCCCAACACGGCCAUCAUGAUGGCCACCUACGAACUGGUCGUCUACCUGCUGCACAGUUAGCUGCUUUCCCAAGUUGGCGGCUCUCGGACACAGGAAGUAGCCAACAACUGUUCUCUGGCCAGAAGUAGAAGACAAAGGAAAGCUGAGAGGUCUUUUAAAAAGAAAGAAGGAAAGUUGGUUAAAGAAGAACAAGAUGGUGGAGGAGGAGGAAGAGGAAGAUGAAGAUGGUGUUCCCAACAGCGUAUGGAAUGUCCAACACGGCUCUUCUUAGCCUCCUUUCCAUGGAAGGAGCACUAAGUCAGUUGUCUUUACUUUGUGACAGAGAUGAUAAUGUGAAAUGGGAAUGCUUGGUUACAGUCUUGGAUUUUACACAACGGUGGCGAUGUUGGAAAACCAAAACGUUUACAUGGAUUUUGCAAAAAUCUCUUGAAAGUUUUGUUUUUAACUCACAACAUUUCAGCCUCUUCCGAGUGUGAAGAGGCCUUUCAACUGUUGAAAAAUCUCCCCUGGCCUCAUUCAUUUAUAAGUCUACUGAGCCUGAGAAAUGAGGGCAGAGGAUGCAGGAGUAGUGGGAUUGGGAGAAUGUAAAGGAAAAAACAUGCACGUUUUUCGCCGUUACUAUAUACACGCUUAUUAACAAGGCGACGUCAGAUGGUAAAGAAACGGUCCCUGCUUCUGGCACUACAGAGAGAUUGUCUCCAAGCAUUCCCUGAUGCUCCCACAUUCAGCCCUCCACCCGGGCUCUUAGGGUUUGUACCUGAACAUACCUCCUCCACGUAAGAACUCAAAAAAGUACGCUCGUCACCUGAAAAGAUGCCUCAGACACUAACCAGUGUUAUCGUCCAUUUAAUCUCAAGGCUCACGCUUUAUCCGUUGUGUGGGUGAGCCACACAAGCAUGUGCGUAGCACCUGGUUGCGCGCUCCGUGUGGAAGAAGACGGUGCUCACUAGACGACCGCGCGGCCCCCAUCUCAUUGAACCUAAAUGGUUUGCACGGGGGUCGGGUGGGGGGAGACGGACAUAACUGAAGCUUGCUGGUCCUGUGGAAGCUGCUGUGUCUUCUGUGUUGAGUAUGUGGGUGCCUUAUACAGGGUGUUAGUCAGUAGAGAUAUUGGUCAAAAGAACUACAAGCAUAGGAGUGGCCAUGGGUCCCUGUUUCCAAAUAAGGUGUGUGUGUGUGUGUGUGUGUGUGUGUGUGUGUGUGUGUGUGUGUGUGUGUGUGUGUGUGUGUGUGUGUGUGUGUGUGUGUGUGUGUGUGUGUGUGUGUGUGUGUGUGUGUGUGUGUGUGUGUGUGUGUACACGUUUGUGUGUGUGUGUACACGUUUGUGUGUGCGUGUGUACACGUUUGUGUGUGUGUACGUUUGUGUGCAUAGUGUAUGUGAGCGAGUGUGCAUAGUGUAUGUGAGCGAGUGUGCAUAGUGUAUGUGAGCGAGUGUGCAUAGUGUAUGUGAGCGAGUGUGCAUAGUGUAUGUGAGCGAGUGUGCAUAGUGUAUGUGAGCGAGUGUGCAUAGUGUAUGUGAGCGAGUGUGCAUGGUUUGACUGGGAUCAAGUGUAUUACUUUUAUUCUGAAGUAGAUUCAUCCUGUUGGGUUCCCUUCAUGUUGUGAUACACGAGGUCUGGAGUGAAGGCUUUCUCCACAGUAUUAGCAGCUCCACCCAUGUCUAGCUGUGUCUCUUCCUCCAGUGGCUUCCCACCUGGUGUUAUAUUAUGCACUUUCGUGGCCUUUGAGGGCUUGUGCUUAGCAUUUUACUGUGUGACAAAUUUGAACCUUGUACAUUGUGAAGAAAACCACAAAAACCGGUAUUCAUGUAUAUUGAAAAGGUAUUUUGCUCAACAUUUCUGAUAUAAUAUAUAUAUUGUACAGUUCAGAGUAUUCCACACUUGUGUAGGAUAUUCAUUUGUGUGUAUGUGUGUGUGUGUGUGUGUGCGUGUGUAUUAUUGGCCUACAUAUCUGUGCAUCACAUUUUCUUUUCCACAUCUGGCUUUGGAUCCACUAAACCCCCCAGCUGGUUUAGGUGGAUACAUGGUUUGCAGAUUAACCUUCUUGCAACACGGUGUUUGUGUUUUUUAUUUUGGUUUAUUUUUUUUGUCAAAGAUGCACACGUUUUCUCUGUGCGUCGGCUUUACUGUAUCGCACAAUGCUACCUGCCGUGCUAGAAGUCAGGAAUUGGUCACUUAUUGGUCCCUAGGUAAAUAUAAAAGAAAACAUCUUCUUUGCAAGUUUUCCAUUAAUUCUUUAAAUCGAUUGACAUCUGAUAUCGAUAUAUCUUGGACUCGUUCACUCCCAGGGGUCUGGGUGAUGCUCAUUACUGUAUUGACCUAUUUUCCUUUUGUAGACAAGGCAAGGUUAGGUUUAACCCCUUGAACGAUACUUUGGACACUGUUUCUACAUUCUAUAGACAGUGUGGUGUUUAGAAAGUGAUCCUUGAAUAACUAACUCUCGAUUAAACGUCCUUGUCGUAUGUUGAUGUUUUCUUACCCCUAAGCAGAAUAAUUUAGUCCUUUCUGUGGUUGAUGUUGAAGGAUAAGUCAGUGAUGCUGCUUUCAAAGACCUCAUAUUGAUUUAAAUGUAACUUUGCCUUGUGUAAUAGUCUAGAAAUGUCCCAAACGGAGCCCUCUAUAGAGUUUUAAUGGUACAAUCACACCUUCCGUCCCAGCUGAAUGAGCCCUAGGCUAUAUUCUCAAAUGAUGGUGUGAGUAAAAUUCCAGUAAGCUAGACUUCCAUGAGAUUGAUCAAUUUGAGGUUGUGGAAACAUUCGCCAAUUUACCUUCAAAGCAUCAACGCCUGAUGUGGAAUUACCAAAAUGUGACAAAGACAGCCUGUGCUAUGCAAGUGCUCAAGUGAACACUUUCAAAAUGAACUAUUUUGACAUUUUGUUUUGUAUGAUUUAACUGUAUUUAUGCCAAUACUACAAUUCUACAGACAUGUCCGUGGUGCAUUAUCUAGCAAAACAAACGUUUUAUGACGGCUCCAUUGUUGUUUUUGAUUUUUGGAUAAAAGGUCAAUAAAACUAUUUGCAGCUGAGAUGUUUGUGUUGUUUGAUUUGAA